AUGAAGAUUAAUGAUGAUGGAACCGAUGAAAUUAGAGAAGCUUGGGGUCGUAAUAAAGGAAACAAAUGCAUCGACACAAGUGUGACUACCAAGGAACUUUAUGAAAACAUUGAAAAGUUCGAACAUAUGCAAAAUCUGAAACCCCUUAUUUUGAGCAUGAAAAUGUUUGGAUUAUAUCACAGUACAGUAUUCAAGAUGAGCACCAGCCGUUCGAGUGAUACCAGCGACGGGGAUGAGCUUCAUGGCAAAGAGUCGCCGACUAGAAGUUGGUCACCGUCAAGAGUGUAUUCUCUAGUAGUCUCAUUCAUCUUGUUAUUAAAUACAGGAAGGAUGCUUACAAUGUUUCGGAAAGAUGUAGAACUCGGAGCAUUCCUUUAUAUGCGCAUCUUGGUGUUUGCUUGGAUCAUUGCCUGUACGGCACAGUCAUUCUUGUGCUAUUUGGCAUUUGGGAGGUCAGAUCGUAUGCUAGCACUGUUGAAAAGCGAUGACGACUUACCAUUAGAAGAGCUAAAUAUACCCCGUUGUCCAAAGUAUCUAAAGAAAAGAGCAGUAAUUUAUACAGUGAUUGCCUGGAUCUGUAUCAUAUUUAACGUUUGUUACUAUGGUUAUGAGAUUUUCAUUCAUAAAUCUCAAGAUGCUAUCCUGUUGACCCCAUACGAACCCAAAGAGACAAACGAGAUGUCUGACGUCGUCAUCAGACUUACUUUUUUCAUAAUCUACAUGUACCUAUCAGCAGCUUGGACUCUACCAUCAGUGUUUUAUUUCAUUGCGUGUUUGAGCGUUUGGUUACGGUUCAAACAUUUCAAUAACGUUAUUACACAAGCCAUCACUCAUGAUAAGCGUAUCAAUGAAACUUUGGAAUCAUUCAGGCAAUGUCACCUCAGGAUUUGUGCAUGUACGGAACACGCUAGCAAAAUGUUUUCUGUCUAUAACACUGUUAACAUUAUGGUAUACUCCUGUAACAGCAUCCUCAUCCUUUACGUUAUAUUGUGGUACACUGCGGACACGUUCAGCCGUAUCGUCCAGGCGUUCUGGGUCAUCUCUUGUUUAGUCACUCUUGGUGUGAUAGCCAUGGGUGGAGGCAUGUUAAAUCAAGAGGCUCACGAGUCGCUCGAUGUCUUACACAGCGUUAAAUAUUCCAAAGACGACCGAUUCUUUGAGUACAGCAUGACAAUGUUUCUUAGCAAGCUAAAAGUAUCUCCAAUUGGUUUAAGCGUAUCGGGAAUAUUCGUCAUUGAUAAAUCAUUUGUAUUUAGCAUUGUUGGAAUCCUCGUGACUUACUUCAUCCUCCUGGUCCAGUUCAAGCCUUCAGAUGUCAAUAUACCUAAUGGAAUAUGUAACUGUACAGAAACUAUAUGUUCUUAAUAAUGUCAACAUUGUCAAAAUGAUGUAAUAUUUGAAAUCUACAAGUAAAAG